CCACCUGACGCGAGCGAGAUAUAAAUUCGCAAAUCACCUUCGUGUCACUUUCUCUUGACCACAUUCGAAGAAGAAGCUCGAGUAAAUUGCACAAUCUCGCAAGGAAAUCACUUCAAUAAUGCCUGUCAAAGCUGUAUGCGUCCUCAGAGGAGAGAAGAUAAAAGGCACGAUCAAUUUGUGCCAGGAGGUGAGCAAAUUAAAGCGAUAUUUUCAACUACGUUCUUGCUAAAGUCACGACCGAUUCGCUUUGCAUUUUGCAAAGUCCAAGCCCCAUUAUUGCUCUUUAGUUCGUAUAUGCGGGCUAGAAUCGAUUAAAAGAAGUGUAACUUAGACAGAAGAUGCACUUUUGUACAAUUUUUGUACAGUGUAAAUUUAAAUUCGAACUCGGAUUGUUUUAAACAUUUGAGCAAUGCUGUACAAGGCACAAGUUGGUUGCAAGGAUAGGUGAUCUCAAAUGGCGAUUUACCCAGUAAAUUCGGACGCGAUUUAGUUGUUCCUACAUGUUUUAAUUCACAGAUAAGCUAUAUUUUUUGUAGUAUUUAGGAUUUUUGCACUGAUGAGUAUGUUUAAUGGCUUAUAUUGGCAAGGACUUAUUUAUAGAAGUUCUAUAAAUUUUGUACAUAUUUUGUACAGCAAUUGUAGUAGAUUCCUUGUUGAUGUAUCAUUGCAUGCUUGAAUAGUCACUCAUAUUGCGCAUUGCAGUUCGACUCUUGAUAAUUUUUAGCUUGAUAGAACCAGUGCUUUUCCUUUGACGAGUAAAAUUGUCUGCCAUUAGACGGAGUAAGAUAGAGAUGCACCGAUAUCCAUUUUGGUGUAUCGGUAUCGGCUUAUUGGUACUAAAAUAGAAAUAUCAGUAUCGGUAAUAUUGUUGUUGAUAUUACCGACAUUAUAAACAGUUUCUAAAUAUUAAAGGUGAUGUAAAGUCCGUUCUGUGAAUAUGUUCUGCGCACGUCAACAUUCCAAGGGUCGGUACCUGACCAUUGGAAUGUUAUUAAUAUUUCGCACCUUCCAAACUUUCUUGAAUUGAAUCUCUAGUCUGUAUUCAUUUACAAUUCAUUUACAUCACCUUUAAUAGUUUAAUGAUUGGUUAUAGUUACAGUUCAAUAGUUAUUUUUCUUACAAAUAAACAGUCACUAGGUCACAAAGUUAGGAAAUGAACUGGUCAUUAUGGGUUCUGUAAUGGUUAAGUAGAUAUUUCAAAAUAGAACAUAGAUUACCAGCAUUAUGAUUUUUUUCUAUUCGUGCUUAGAAGCCAGAUGGCGAAUGCUGUAUCACAGGUUCUGUAGAAGGUCUUUCUGAAGGAAAACAUGGCUUCCAUAUUCAUGAAUUUGGUGAUUAUACAAAUGGUAAGAAUAUUUCUUGAAUUUCAAAUCACUAGCGACAUAGACUGCGAGCAGUCCCUCUGGAGAAAGGAGGGACUGCUGACAACACUUAAAGAAACAUUAAAAUAUGCCCACUUUUAGUGACUUUUCGCUCUUGUCAAGUUGGCUCCGCUUUUCAUAAACAUUACUUAUAUCCAAUUAAAUGUAUCCAAUAGGAACCGUUAAUGUCAUGUUUAUUUAUAAAAUCAACGUUCAGUCUGGAAAUUAUAGCAUAAUUACUAUGUAUCAGAUUUGAUAGGCGUAUCGAUUUUGACCAAUGGGAAUUUUGCGUUGUGUGGGCGAUGCAUAUUUCUUUUCUUGAUGUCUUGUCGGCAGUCCCUCCUUUACUUUCACAUGCCCGGAAAUCUGUCAUUAGCAGAAAAUAGACAACAAUUAUCUCAAAAACCUUUUAAAAAAUUAAGUCGACUAGUGGUGAUCGUCUGUCGUAUAUAAUACCAGAAACCAGAUUUCAGAAACAUGACCGAAAACUUCGAAACAGUGAAAAUCUGGAUAUUUUUUAAUGCAACAAAUCGGUUUAAAAACAGUUUUUCCCCAACUAAUGUUAGUUACUGCAACUCAAAUAGAUAAGCUCAAAAUAUUUUUAGACAUUUUAUAGCAGUAUAGUAAGUUGUAAAUAUAUUAUAUUAUAUUUAUAUGUAUAUAUAGAUUUUGGAUUUUCUAGAUGUAAAUGUAAAGUAAUUCACCAAUUGGUGCCAUUUUACAUAAUAAUAAACCAUCAUUAUUAUUAUUAUUAUUAUGAUUAUUAUUAUAAACCUAUUAUUUUACAUAAAUUGCAUAACAAUAAAUUAAGGUGUGUUGCACCUAGCAUAUGUACAGACUAUAUUAUAUGCUGUAAUGCAGUGUAUGAAAAUUUGUGGCAUUGUUUAUCGACCCCCAGCUGCACUACCCAGAUCCGGUUAGCUGAUUGUCAUUGGUCACAACUGAACUUAAUAGAUUCUGAUUGGCUUGAUAUUAUAAUAUCAACGACCGUUGGACUUCGAUUUUCAAAAUCGAAAUUAUAGUAUUUUCUUGAUACUUGAUGUUCUCUGUCUAAUGCCGGAUGGUUUUACUCGUCGAGGGGAGGGCGCUGAUGCUCAAUGGGUUGACGACAGUACUGUUCGUUGUUUUUAGGCUGCACCAGUGCUGGUGGCCAUUUCAAUCCCUUCAAGAAGAACCAUGGUGGACCGUCUGACGCAGAAAGGUUUGAAAUUCUCACUGUCAUGAUUUAUAUCUAAGGACGGAUGUUAGAGGUGUGCAUCCGAUUAGAUUGGCCUCUUUGAAUCCGAAAUUUUUGUCCACAUUCGGAAUCCGAAUCUAAUCCGGUCCGAAGCCGAAUAAACGUAAUUCGAUCCAAUUGGAAAAAAUGUAAUCAAAUCUGAUCCGAUCGGAAAAAUUGCAAUCCAAUCCAACCUGAAAUGACGUAACCGUAAUCUGAUCUAAAAAAGCGUACUAAUGUUACAUAUAUAACUUCAAUUAUCUACCAGCAUACACGUGAACAAAAUUGUACAACGGCAGAAAUGCUCAUUGAGAAUGUUUUGUGAAUGUAAAGCCAACAAAGAAACAUAAUUACAUUUUGUUUGAAAAUCGGCCAUAGUAAUUGCUAUUUAAAACCCUCUAAAUUUGAUAAAAAACCUAUACCCUCAUUCAAUAGCAAACAACAGAUUAUGUUUUAGAGAAACUCAGAUGUUAAAGCAAAUCAUUACAACAUUAGCAAUAGUCAUAUAAUCAUAUUGAAUAAAUCUAGAAAUGUCGAAGUAGUAAAUGUCUUUUCCCAAGAAGGAGCAUGUUUUUGAGUUUUUAUAUUAUAUGAUGGUCAAUUGCAGUUCUAGCCGACCGCUCAUUGUACCAUGUCCUCGUAUUUUUGGACCAGGAACUGGUCCCCAAUCGCUACUAAUCUUGUUGUUGGGGGCGACGCUCUUUGAAAAAACCAAAAAAGGCUCCGUCAUUACUUGUCUGAUGGGAAUGAAAUUUGACACAAUUAUUCUAAGCAAUUUUCCGCAUCGAUUGACGGUGUUCGAUUUUUCAUUUUUGACUUUAGGAGCAAGAUACAAGCAAUUUUUGACUGUAUUCGUAGCCCCAUACACGGCACGUACAUGACUGUAGCUGCAAUAUUUUGCAAUUAAUGGCACGCACGGCACGGCAAAAUUUGAUGUACGGCAAAAGUUAGCUGACUUAAUUAGGCACGGCAUGUUUAUUCUAAAUAUUGUGGGACAUUUAACUGAUCUAUCAAAUUCAAAUGCGAGGAAAUACUUUUGAAAACUGCGCUUUUAGUUAUCUAUGCUUUGUCCAGAUUUACACCUCAUUUAGGCUAUACACGGCACUAGGUUGCCAACUUCGAGAACAUUAGUUUUACAAGUGUCUAGCUAUUUGUUUAUCGAAGGUUUUGAACGUUUAACAAUUUGCAUAAGAUCGAAACUGGGUCACACAGUUCCCGGUCCACUAUAGUACGAUCAUACUCGUUUUUUCAAUCGCCACAAUUACCAGAAGGAAUAAUCUGAGAUGGUAUUUUCCAGACAUGUUGGUGAUUUGGGCAAUAUUGAAGCGGAUAGCAAAGGUGUUGCCAAAGUUGACAUAAAAGACAGUCUUGUCAAGUUAAGUGGCGAACAUUCCGUUAUUGGACGUUCUAUUGUGGUAAGUUUGACUCGCCAUAUAUUCUUCAAACAGAACCAGUAUCAACCGACAUAGGUCGUUGUGCAAAAAAGUGCAUAGAAAAGCAAUUUCCGUCGGCCCCCUUGGAGAAUAGAUUUUUUGUGUUUCAAUGCAGGGGUGGAAAAAUAUUUGUUCUUUCUGGGAGCCUGGGUUGAAGGCUAGAAAUUUUCUGUAAAAUUUGCAAUGUUACAAUUACAAAAAUAACAAAACAAAUGCAUAAUUAUUGUAUUAUUUGUACUUUAAUUCGUAAUAAUAGGCUUUAGGCUGGGUUUUUUAUGCUCGUACAUCACAAUAGUUGUCUGUUACUUCAAUGCAUAGUAUCAUAUAGAUGUCCAUUGACGACUUGUGCUUUAGACUAAAUUUUAAUCUAAGUAAGAACAACGAAAUGUAUCACCACAGCGAGAAAGAGCGUCUUGGAAUUAGUAAUAUUACAAAGUUUGGUUGCGAAAUGUUGUAAAAUACGGAAAAUAUAGCCCUUCAAAGUUGGCAAUUUUUUUACCAAUUUCCGCACGUAAUAGAAAUGUAUACAAAUUUGCCAACUUCGCAGGGCUAUAUUUUCCGUAUUUUACAACAUUUCGCAACCAAACUGCAGUUUUUCUAAUUUAGAUAACUUCUUUCCGAAAAUAUCCUUUGUUAUUCCCAGAUUAAAAAUUUUUCUAAAGCGCAAGUCGUCCAUUACCAAAAAAGUUCCCAAGCAAAACACUUGCCUAAUACUGAGAAAAUGGGCGAUGGACAAUGUAGAUUUAUAGUUCUUUUCUAAUAUAUCCCCGGAAAUAGCUUACUUCUACAAUUUUAUCUUUUUGCAUGCCCAUUGUGGAAAGCAGCUUAAAGGACAUUGGCAAUAAACAAUCAGUUUGUCUCGUUCAAAAGAACUCUAAAAUUAUAUAUAGUUCUCGAAAUAUUUAGACCGAAAUUAAUGAGCUGUCGCCAUCUUGGACUAAUUCUUGACCUCAUUAACUAUGGUUUUGGUGACGUCAGGAGUUGGGUUAACCAUAUAAAACUACUCUAAAAUGACCGAGUAACAAUCCAAAAUUGUUUGAAAUGUUUUUAGUCAUUUCUAAAUUUCAGACAGCAACCAGAAACGAAGUUUUGGACCCAUAUUGAUCGCUUACUCUCAAGAUAAUAAAUUAGCGUGACCCCUCUCUUGACGUAACAUGCAUAUCCUCAAUAAUCCAAGAUGGCGAACCGGCUCACUUACAUAUAAUCUGAUAAGAUAUAAUCUGUAAUAGAGUAUAAUAUAUAGUUUUAAGAGUUGUUUCAAAUGAACUAAACUAAUUUUUUAUUGCCGAUGUCCUUUAAGUCAGGCACCUCUCGAAGUACAGAAAAAUUAUCACAACCCGUACACCCGAUCACCUAUAUAUACAUGAACUUACGGUUACAGCUCAACAGCUGGCCUCUGUAGCUCAGUUGGUUAGAGCGCUGCACCGGAAUCGCAGGGCCGUAUGUUCAAUUCCUACCAGAGGACCUUGUGCUGCAUUUUUCGCAGUCGUUCCUGGUCAGGUCUUAAAAUGUAUAUAUAUACUCACUUGGAUUACAAACCCUAAGAACAGCAUUCAAAUAUUAAUACCACCAAGUGAAGUGCAAGAAACCAGAUCACAGAAAAAAUAUGGCCUGCCAGUCUAAAUUUUUUUGGCAGGUGAAAUAAACGACGGUCUCGGGUCCACAAAACACACUGUUUCCCUCGGUCUCAGUAAAUAAGUGAUAAAUAUCUCUGGAACAAACCAUAAAAACAAGAAACUGAAAAAUAAGUUACACUACAGCUUAAAGAGUUCUUUCAUUUAAGAAAAGAAGAAAUUUCAUGUCAUAUACAUUAUACACUUCAAGUUGUGACAUGUCAGCGAGUUUAAAUAAAGCUUUUAUAUUUUUUUCUACAUGUAUAGGUACAUGAAGGCGUUGAUGAUCUUGGCAAGGGCGGUCACGAGGACAGUUUAACCACGGGUCAUGCCGGUGGUCGUCUCGGGUGUGCUGUAAUUGGAAUUUCUAAAUAAACAUUCCUAGAUCCAGGAAUCUGAUGUGCUUUGCUUAGUAGCGAAUUCUGACAGACACGCAAUGUUGUAACACAUAUUCAUGCAUGGUUAGAUUAUUAUAGGCAUGUUAAUAUGUUAAGAAACAACUGAUCCAUUGAAAUUGUAAGUCUAGAUUAAAACUCGUAGUAGUAAUAAUAAAUCUAUCUUGACGAACACUUUUGUUUUGUAUUUCACCAGAGAUGUUUCAAUUAGCCAUUUCCCAAUCGAACCGAGGACUGGGUCUAGUCGCUUGUUUGGAGGGCCAAAAAAUAAACAAUAUGCCGAAUAUGGUAUCUAGGAAGUUUUCCUACAUUCCUAAAGUUAUUUGUGCAGCCUGAAACGCAACAAUUAUAAUAAGGCAUCUUUUAAUAUAUAUU